AUUCCGGUUCUGCGUAGAGGAUCUUUGGCCGCGCGGUUGGCUCCACGGGACCGCGCGCGCUGCUGGCCGGUGGAGAGUAACAGCGGACCCUUCAUGGACAGGACGGCCGUGGUGAAGGUCGGAGCCGCGGCCAGCGCCAGCGUCUGCGCCCUGCUGGGCGGCGUGGUUCUGACCCAGUACAUCGUCGCCAAGAAGAAGCGAGCGGGGAAGAAAACUAGGAUCAUAGAGAUGAUGCCUCAGUUCGAGAAGGCGACGGUCCAUAUGAAGGACCCGGAGAGGGUGGAGCAGAUCAUCUGUGGCCUCAUCAAAGGAGGAGCCUCCAAACUACAGAUCAUCACCGACUUCGACAUGACGCUGAGCAAGUUCGCCGUCGGCGGGAAGCGCUGUCCCACGUGCCACAACAUCAUUGACAACUGCAAGCUGGUGACGGAGGAGUGCCGGGCGAAGCUGCUGCAGCUGAAGAACAAAUACUACCCCAUCGAGAUCGACCCCCACCUCACCAUGGAGGAGAAGUACCCGUUCAUGGUGGAGUGGUAUUUCAAGUCUCACACGCUGCUGGUGGAGCAGCGGCUGGAGAGAGACAAACUGGCGGAGGUGGUGAGAGAGUCCGACGCCGCGCUCAGGGAGGGAUACGAGCAGUUCUUUGACCGCCUGCAGCAGCACGACGUGCCCGUCUUCAUCUUCUCCGCCGGCCUGGGCGACGUGCUGGAGGAGAUCAUCCGCCAGGCCGGAGUCUACCACCCCAACGUCAAGGUCGUCUCCAACUUCAUGGACUUUGACGAAAACGGCGUCCUGAAGGGUUUCAAAGGCGAGCUGAUCCACGUGUACAACAAGCAGGACGGCGCCCUGCGCAACACGGAGUACUUCAAGCAGGUGAAGGAGUCGUGCAACAUCGUCCUCAUGGGCGACUCGCUGGGGGACCUCAGCAUGGCCGACGGCGUGUCCAACGUGGAGAACAUCCUCAAGAUCGGCUUCCUCAACGACAAGGUGGAGGAGCGGCUGGACAAAUACCUGGACUCUUACGACAUCGUGCUGGUGAAGGACGAGACUCUGGAGGUGCCCAACGCCAUCCUCCAGAAGGUUCUAUAACUCCAGCCGGGCCCGUCGGACUUCUAUUCCCCCACUUCACCCUUUAAAGGCCUUUUCAAAAGAACGCUCUUCAGCUCCACAAAGCAGCACUUCUGGUGUGUUUUGUCCAUUUUAAAUCGUUUUUGGAUGUUCUGUUAUGGCAAAGUGAGAUGAGUCCCCCCCACACACACACAGCUUCUUCUGCCAGCUUCCUAAGUGUCACAUCAUUCUUACAAUUGUCGGACUCUUUUCGAUAUGGUAGUAGUUGUAGGUCAGAUGUGAAACAUGCAUCUUUAAAGGCUGCGCGACACCGUAUUUGUUCCAGAAGGAAAGAAACUCGGAGGAUGUUGGGAAACGCACUUUAUGUUGUCGUGUUGGUAAAUCCGCCGCAGUCAUCUGGAUUUUUAGGUUGUAGCAGCUCUUCACCCUUAAAACCCUUGUGGCAUUUUGAUUUUAACUCAACAGCCGAGUGUUUGGGUUUGGGGGGGGAUGAAGUGAUCUGAGAGAGGAGCUGCUGUGGCCGUCAGCAGGACCUCAAACCCCCUCGAACCAAAGGAAGACCAUUACAAUGUAUCCAGAAGUGUGUUUGUAUUUACAAGUACGGUUUGCCUGGUUGAACCCAGCACGAGUCACUGAACGGACUCCUCAUUCUGAGCUCGUAGUUCCUCAUGGGGGGGUUCAAAGAGCAUUUGUACUGUUGUGGUUUAAAUGUGCUGCUAACACCUGCAUGUUGCCUUUGUAUCGUUAAGUUUAUAGAGAAAAAGAAGAAGCAGCAUAUACAUGUAUAUGUAUAUAUAUAUAAUAUAUAUGUAUAGAAUAUAUAUAUAUAUAUAUUGGUACAUUUAUUUUAAAAGGGGAGUAAUGUCAUGCUGUUUAUGUUGUCGUGGACAUUUCUGAGCGAUGGGUUGUAUUUUUGUAAAAGCACAUGGCUUUUUUCUUUAAUGGUGAUUGAAAAUGCUGUAAAAUGUCCUCUGGUGAGCUGUGACUGAAACGCGGCCCUGAGCGCUUUUAAAGGAGCAGACACUUAACAAAGGUAAUAUAUAAUUCUCUGCACGACUGAUUCCAUUUGAGUGCUUUUUAUUUAUUAGGUGUUUCAACUCCCUGAAUUCACCAACAACAUAGAUUCCUAUCUGGUUAAUUUAUCUUUCAUUUUACUUCCUCUGCGGAUCUAAAAUAUGUCCAGGUAAAGGUCAGACACACAAAGAGAGGUGUUUGUAUCUGUCGUACUUUCACAGAUUUGACAGUAAUUGCUGGUGUGAUGAAACGCUAACAGAGCUGCAUCCCACCAGGGGGCUGUUGGGUCACCGCAGGAACCAAUCGGGGGCGUUAUGACAAACUAGAGAGAGAAAAUAUAAAUCUGAUUCAAAUAGGUGAAGUAAUUGACCAUGUUUACACCUGACUGCGUUUAAAUGUGCGUUUGCCAUCAGGACGUGUGGGAUAUGCUGAGAUAUUAUUUUGUCACAGUUUGGAGUGAUAUGGAUGCAAACGAAAAGCCCAAAUGUUUAAACACUACCAAAGACUUUCAUCCCAACAGGUUUUUGGAAAUAGUAACCCCAUUCGUCCCAAAGGUGCUCCGAACACGAGUCGUACGUCCCACAUGUCCCACAUGUCCCACUCGCCCGGGAAAACAUUUCUGUCCACUAAAACCGUUGAUUCUGCAAAACGUAGGUUUCCAUGGUUGCCUCUCAAAAGAAACUCUGUUCAAUUAAAUGUUGCACCUGGAGAUUAAAUACUGGUUUGUUCACCAGUAUUUAAUCUCCAUUGUGUGAAUUUCUUUGUUUUAUUUUAUUUAUUUUUUUGACUUUUUUGUCUUUCCUUUUAAUGCUGAAAUAAAAUGAUUUGACUCCCAUUGGUGAGCAAUCAGUCCCACACGA